UGUUUAUCAAAAAUAUUUGUCGUUUUUCGUUUCAUGCGCUGUUAUUUGGUAUCGCAAAUGAAAUUUUAAUGCUUUAUAAAUACUCUUACUUCUUCUAAUAUGUUUGGUCGUCGAACAGCAUUUUUUUUUUGUUUACGUUUACCAGCUAUAAGGUGGGAUUUUCAGCAGACAGCCGAUUAAUUUCAGCAAGCUAAAAUGGGUGAUGAUGCUCCAAUUAUAUAUGGAUUAGAAUUCCAAGCACGUGCUUUAAGUGCACAAAGUGCUGAAACUGAUAUCAUUAGAUUUUUUGUUGGAACACAAUCAUUGAAGUUUGACAACCAGAUUCAUCAACUAGAAUAUGAUGAAGAAAAUAACAGUAUAAUCAAAACUGUUUUUCUUCAUAGUUGUGGGGAAAUAUGGCAUAUAAGUACCUCACCCAAAAAUCCUAAUCUUCUCUCAACAUGUUAUAAUCAAAUAAAUGCUGAUGGAAAAUGUGAAAUGCAUGGGGCCCUAUGGAAACUACCUGCUAAUUCCAAAACUUAUAAUUCUGAUGAUUCAUCUUCUUCUUACCCAGCACUUGAGCAUGUAGCAGAUUUUGAUACAAGGGAAAGUAUUGGGGAAUUGAGAAGUAUUUUGUGGGAACCAGUAUCAGGACAAAGAGCAAUUACUUUAUCAGACAAUUCUUUUCAAUUAUGGGAUUUAAAUGAUGUUGCAAAACCUAUCCAGCAAUCUGAAGUAGUAUUUGAACAAAAGGGUCGACAGAAAUUUGUUUCUGCUGCUUGGAAUCCUCAUCAUAAUUGCAAUAUUGUUGCAACUUCUCUUGAUACAUCUAUCCGAAGUUGGGAUUUACGAUCAUCACAAAAUGCAUGGUCCAUAGAAAAUGCUCACGGACAGUUAGUUCGAUCCAUUGAUUUUAAUCCUAAUAAACAAUAUUACAUAGCAACUUGUGGAGAUGAUUGCCAGACAAGAUUUUGGGAUGUAAGAAAUGCCAGUGAACCUCUUCUAAUAUUUUCAAAUCAUUCACACUGGGUAUGGUGUGUAAGAUAUAAUAGUUUCCAUGAUCAACUUGUUUUAACAUCUAGUAGUGAUUCUAGGGUAAUUUUAUCAAGAGCUGCUUCUGUUUCCUCAGAGCCAUUUGGCCAUUUAUUGGAUGAAGAGGAAACCAAUAUUCCUGAAGAUGGAGAUAAAAAUAAUAAUAAAGUCCCUGAUGGCGUUAUUUCAGUCUUUGAAGAACAUGAAGAUAGUGUAUAUGCUGUUGAAUGGUCUACUGUAGAUCCCUGGCUAUUUGCUUCAUUGAGUUAUGAUGGCCGUCUAGUCAUUAACAAAGUACCUCGUGCAGAGAAAUACAGAAUACUUUUGUAAAAUAAAACUUACAUUGUUCUUUUUUUUAAAAAAAGCACUAUACAUUCCCAGUUCUGUUAAUAAAUUUAUAUGUAUAUUUUACAAAAUGUUUAUAAAGCUAUGGCUGAAUCAGUAAA